AUGGAAGACGAAUUGCGAUGUCCUACCUGCAAGGAACUAUUUGGCGAUCCCGUUCUUUUGCCUUGUUGGCAUGCACUGUGUUUAUCAUGUGCAGUAAAUCUUCAAGCUCCGCCAGAUUCGCCUCCAGAAUCAACAACCGACUGCUCAAAUGCGCCCGGCUCUGACCAGGAGGCCGACAAAUUGUCCAUACUUUCAGAAACAGAUUCUGGAGUUGUUUGCAGCAGCACGUCAACAUCAUCUAGACCCGGAAGUUACGUCGGUACUCCGGGAAAUGGAGGGUGUUUUCCGCCUUCUGGAGGCACACUUUGUCUCUCCUGUCCUGUUUGCCACAAAAGUGUGUAUUUUGACGAGGGCGGUGCCCAUAAUUUGCCAAAAUAUCGUGCAAUGCAGAGAAUUGUCGAAAAGUAUCAGGAGGCAAGAAAUGUCAGGCUACUGUGUCAGAUGUGUGAGGGCGAACCCAGAGAGGCUACAGUCGCCUGCGAGCAGUGCGAGGUACUUUAUUGUGAUGGAUGCAGGGAGUCGUGUCACCCAAAAAGGGGACCACUAGCAGCCCACAAUUUAGGCCCACCACGUGCCAGCUGGCAGAGCAGUGUUGGUAAUAAAGGUGGCACACGCAACUUGAGUUCUGAUGGGGCACCAAUUUGCGCCGAUCACAAUGCCGAGUCUGUCAGCCUCUAUUGUGCUCUCUGUAAGAUUGCAGCUUGUUCCCUAUGCCUACGGGAUCGUCAUACCGCUCAUCCUCAUGAUGUACUACCACUCGCCGCAGCGUGUAAAGCCCAAAAG